AUGUUCCUCGCCCCGCUGCUUCGUCAGCUGCCCCAUCACCUGCCUCGUUACGCUGCCCCGUCCCGCUGCCCCGUCGCUUGCCCCGUCCCAGCCUCGUCGCGGCUCCCUGGCGGAAACGGCGACGGUUGUGAUGGAAAGGGGAGGAGAGGGGCAGGAGGGGGAGGUAGUGGGGUGUUGGCCCGUGGGGGACGGCUGGGGGAGGGGGAGUGGCGGGGGUGGCAACCUAUGGGGUUGGAGGUGGCGGGGUUUGUGGCUCAUGGGAGGGAGAGUGGCGGGGUUGGCGGCUCGUGGGUGGGGAGGAGUGGGGGAAGGGGGUGGUGGGCGGAUGUCAGCAGCGACCGCCAGCGCCAGCAGCACCUGCUACCGCCCAACACUGCCUCACAGGGGGGUGGAGUGGGGUGGCUGGUGUGCCGUGUUAAUCCGCGCCUCCCGUGCUGCCUGUGUCCGGUUCCCCGUGCCUCCCGUGCUGUCGUUCCCGUGGCUCCCAUGCUGUCUGUGUCCUACCCAUACCUCCCGUGCUGCCUGUCGUCCGCGCUGCCGCCCCGUGCCUCCCGUUGCUGCCCGUGUCGUGCUGCCCGUGCUCUUGUCCUACGUGUGUCUCCUGUGCUGCCCGUUUCCGUGCCUUGUCCGUGGUAUGCAUAG